UUUUGUCUCCCCACUUCUUUGACUUUGCCUUUCAACUGACUUCCAAACACGUCUCCUCACUUCUCUUCCUACUUCGACUGUUGUCCAAUAUGACUUGCCAUCCUUCAUGUCCUUUGCUGGGUUUGUUCAGCACUUGUCUUGAGUUGUUUGGAGUCAAUGCUGGAAAACUAAUGUAAGCCAAGGGAGAGCUUGGAUUUCUUAACUCUAAGGCAAUACCAAUCACACGAGCCCACACAUGUUGAUGAUCCUUUUGAUGAGUUGCAGAUAAUGAUUUAUGGCAGUAACCAUUGUUCUUUUGUCAAUUGAGAGGCUGUAAGGUUUCAAGCUCUUUCGCAGGCAUUGCUUGUUAGCAUGCUUGCUGCAGAAGUUGGUCCAUUGCAAAGUAAGCGCCUGCCUUUGAGGGAGCUCUGGUGUGUGCCCAGUGGACUUCCACGAACCCUCGUAGUCGCAGAGGAGGAGGAUGGCGGUGACAACUUUUUUAGCAAGGGUGGUGCAAAGUUUGAAGUUGAGUUCGUGUCACUACGUGUCACUCAAGCAGGUCUUUGCAGCUGCAGCACAGGGCUGCACAGCAGCGUUCAUAGCAGCGAUUCUCUCUGCAAUGUGUGAACCUCUUGUCAACCGACUUCUGGUGAAGCGAAUGACGGUGGGACAGGCGUGGAAUGAGAUGACUUUAUCCUUGGUGGCUGGGUUUUUCUUGACCACGUUUCCGACGAACAUGUUGAAGUUCCCGGUCUUUGAAGUCAUUAACCGAGCGAUGACAUUCACCACUUUGUCUGCAGGACUUAGCGGCCUUGUGAGUGGUUGGCUGUUUUGCACCAUUAUGUUGCCGGUCACCAACUACCGGUUCCGCAAGAGCAUGGGCUGGGAGAUCAAACCUGCACUCCUCUACCAGGCAUACAUUCCAACUGUCACCCGUGACAUCAUAUACGGCUGGGCGCGCGGCCUGGUCGGUCCUUGGCUGCUGGAGUUCUUUGCGCCGACCACCUUCUUUCGCAAGGCAAUGGUUUUCGGCCUCACGAUCUGGGCAUCAUGCAUCAUUUCUUCACCGUGCAACGAAUGGCGGGGCUUCACCUUGCAGCCCAAGGAGAAGAAGCUACCCUUCAGUGAGUACUUCAAGCCCAUCAACUAUGCUCGAUCUACAGGAAUUGGCUCCGCCAUCAUGGGCAUUGCUCUCAUGAUUGGCAUGUUAGUCACACCCUAUGCAGAAGAGUCAUUUGGGUACUUGAAGGAGCACACUGCAGUCGCCCUGGGUAUCGUUGCUGUCGUUGUGAUUGGCAUUGUUGCGCUCUCGAAGUGA